UUUGACGGACAUAAUGGCGCAGAAGCUAGUGAGAUGGCUUCAAAAAUGUUAUUGGAGUAUUUCACACUCCAUGCUUCUUUUCUUUUGGAUACCACAUUUUCUUUUUUGUCCAACAUAUCAAAGGGAAUGUUGCCAAAUAAGGGGGGACAUGGUUAUGCCUCUCAAAUGCCUGGUGAGCAUCUUGGUGAUUAUGCGCUGCAUACCGGAAGGAUUAAGUUUACAUUGUCAAAAAUAUUUAGUGAAGAUUUCCACUUGGAAAUCUUGAAAGAAUCUUUGUUGAAGGCGAUUGAUGAUAUUGAUGCCGGAUUUGGUAAGGAAGCUUCUGGAUACAACCUAAACUCUGGUUCUACUGCAGCGGUUAUAUUAAUCGCAGAUAAUCAAAUUUUAGCUGCGAAUGUUGGAGACUCAAAGGCUUUCCUAUGCUCUGAGAUGUUUCAAUCUCCUCAUGAGGCUAAAGCUACGUUAUUGAGAUUGUAUGAAAAGAGAAGACGUGAGGGUGCUUCUAUACGCAUGAAAGAUUAUAGAAAUGUUAAAUUGGGGGGCUUGCCCCAUUUUGUUGCGAAAGAGUUAACAAUGGACCACCAUCCCGACAGGGUUGAUGAAAGAUCUCGAGUAGAAGCAGCUGGCGGUUAUGUCUCUGAAUGGGCUGGUGUAUCGCGAGUCAAUGGUCACUUGGCUGUUUCACGUUCUAUUGGUGAUUUGCCCUUUAAAAGCUUUGGUGUUAUAUCUGUUCCUGAGGUGACCGAUUGGCAACCUUUGACGGCUAAUGAUAGUUAUUUGGUGGCUGUUUCUGAUGGUGUUCUUGAAAAGCUGGGCACACAGGAUGUAUGUGAUCUAUUAUGGGACUUACAUACUCCCGCCCCCUUGGAAUUGCAAUACAGUCCUUCAUGUUCAUACUCAUUAGCCGAUUGCAUUGUUGAUACCGCUCUUGAAAGAGGAAGUAUGGAUAAUGUGGCAGCCAGUGGCGAAGCUUGA